AUGGAGUUCGAGAGCAGCAACCCAUAUUUCCACUACUUCGACCUGGCAAACCAGCUGGCCAGCCCAUUCGAACCAGCCCUGCACCAGGAGCUGCUUCCUCAUGACCGCUUCGAGCACGAGCAGCCCCACCUCACACUCCCCACGGCCAUCCCCUUCCCCCACGAGCCAUUCAAUCAGCUCCACCAGCUGGCCGCCGAUCACCCCACCCAGAGCCAACAAGCCGCUGUCGAGCCGGAGACCACCGGCUGCAGCAACCUCGAUCCGCUGCUCAGUAGCUGCACCUCGAUCGACUGCUGGAUCGACUUCACCGGGGGUGAAUCGAGCAGCCCCAGUACCGCCUCCAGCUCCCCCGGCACCACCCCAUCCCUCUCUCCAACCGGAUCCUCCGAUCACCCCACCAGCCCCACCAGCGGUCCAGGCCCCACCAAGCCGGGCCUGCUUCAAACGGCAAUGCACCUCAAGGAAACAGCCCGAGCCGGCCGCCUGCUCAUCCCCCCCGGAGGCACCCUCCUCACCCGCCCCGUCCUCAUCCUCAUCCUCAGCCCAACCCUUACGGACUCGACGCCGACGAGCGGGCCGCGUAAGAAGAAGAGCGAGGCGCGGAACGAGUUCCUCGAGCGCAACCGGCUCGCCGCCUCCCGCUCAAGGGCCAAGAAAAAGUCCUACCAACAGUUCCUCGAGGACCAGGCCAGCAGACUGGAGGCCGAGCAGGCCAGACUCAACCAGAUCAUCCUCGACCUCGUCGCCGAAAAGGAACACCUCAAGCGCCUCGUCGGCCAUCACCACCCUUCCUGA